GGUAGGUCUCGUCCGGCCUCGAUGCGCCGCCGCCCUUCACGUUUCUCGAGCUUUCUCACUGUCCUGGAACUUAACCACAACAUAGACAACCCACCCAUCCAACCUCGUAGCCCGCUGUUGUCCCGUCCUGCUGCGUCGCCGCCGAAUUCGUCUCUUCAAACUUGCAUGCUUGUCCUCCCGUAGAAGUAGUGCCUGCACGAUAAGCUCAAUCCCAGCUCAAGACACGCUUGCCACAGCUUUACGAAACUCGGGGCCAUCAUGAGCGAGCACGGGAAGGAGCACUCCUACACCGAAGAGGACACGCCCAACCCUUACGCCUCGGCCAACAAAUGGAGGCACCAGGAAUCCUCCGCCUACGCUCGCGCCGCCAUAGCUUCCUCAAGCACGGAGACGAGCAGCCUAUCCAAUUUCUUCAACUCCAGCCGAGUUGAGGGCGAUCGGGCGAGAACUAAUGGGACGGGAAGUUACACGCCAAUUGUUGUGGGUGGCGCCGACGGUGCGACAGAUGGAGCCGUCGAGGACGGAAGAGAGGUGGUGUGCGGUCCCCUGAUUAACUACCGGCGCAUGGAGGGCAGGGCAUGGCACGGUAGCGUCUUGAUCGUCACCAAAGGCGGGGGAAAGACCCAGAGCUUCCAACCCACUCUAACCCUUGGCCGUGUCGAGGAAAAUACGCCGGUCGAUGGUGCUGGUGGCUUUCAAAGCCGCCACGGGACGAAAGUCGCAGGCAUCUGCCUCUACUCCGACCCUAGGAAUACAUUCUGGCAAUUCCCCCUCGUUUGCGACAUUGCCGAUACAGAAACGAAAUGGGCGUACUCGGUUUCCGACGUUCGUUACAGGUCCACGACCCAGGCGACGACGAACCACUUCUUCAUCCCCGCCAUCAAUGAGUCGAUGCGAAUCAUGUUUCAUUCAUGCAACGGCUUUAGCGUCGGCACGGACGAAGAGGCCUGGAGCGGACCGGCGCUAUGGAACGAUGUGCUGAGAACUCAUGCUCGGUCCCCUUUUCACGUCAUGAUAGGGGGUGGUGACCAGAUCUACAACGAUGGUAUUCGAGUGAACGGCCCCUUACGUCCGUGGACGGAUAUCGGCAACCCGAAGAAGCGGCGCGAAUUUCCUUUCCCAGAAAGUCUGCGAGCAGAUUGCGACGACUAUUACCUAAAUAACUACAUUCGAUGGUACUCGAUCGAACCAUUCGCCUCGGCUAACGGCCAAAUACCGCAGCUGAACAUAUGGGAUGAUCACGAUAUCAUCGAUGGCUUCGGGUCGUACGUCAACGAGUUCAUGAAGUGCGACGUCUUCCGGGGUAUCGGCGGCACCGCUCAUAAAUACUACAUGCUGUUCCAGCACCACCUUGCGCCGCCCGCGUCUACGUACACCUCGGAUGCGCCCGAAGCCGCGCAACCCGGAACCCCAGAGGAUGCAGCGCAACUCGUUGAUACGUACGUUAGAGAGCAAUCUUUCGACUCUUCCUACAUUAUCGGCAACAUGCCGGGACCUUACGUUGCGCAACGAUCGAUGAACAUGUUCUCCAAACUGGGAGCUAGGAUCGCGUUCAUGGGGAUAGACGCUCGCAUAGAGCGAACGCGACACCAGGUCAAUUACCCCGAGACGUACGACCUCAUCUUUGAUCGUGUGAGGAACGAGCUUCGCGCAGCAGCAAGUGCUGGCCAGCCCUUCCGGCACUUGAUUCUUCUGCUGGGGAUCCCGAUUGCAUAUCCGCGUCUCACAUGGCUCGAAAAUGUGUUCAGUAGCCCGCUGAUCGCGCCGGUAAAAUUCCUGAACCGACGCUUUGGAUUUGGUGGCGGUGUUUUCAACCACUUUGAUGGCAGCGUGGAUCUCCUCGACGACCUGGAUGACCACUAUACGGCCAGAACCCACAAGAAGGAGCGGAACGCUCUCAUCGAGCGGCUACAGACUGUCUGCUCGGAAUUCUCGGUCCGGCUUACGAUUCUGGGAGGUGAUGUCCAUUUAGCGGCCCUCGGGCGGUUCUACUCGAACCCGAACCUGCACAUCCCCACCGAGGAAGACCAUCGCUACAUGGUGAACGUGAUAUCUUCGGCGAUAGUGAAUAAGCCACCGCCGGCGGCGAUCGCCAAUCUCCUAGCCAGUCGUAACAAGAUCCAUCACCUCAACCCGGACACGGACGAGACACUGUUGUCUCUAUUCGACAAAGAUCCUGGGAAUUCUAGCAAGACGAUGGCGUCAAAUAAUGUAACGAUGCCUAGUCGAAACUUUGCCAUGCUCACGGAGAAUUCGCCAAACAACCCCGCCGCAAACGGCUACACGGAAGUGCCGGUGGUGCCAGACGGACCAGAGAAUCCGUUCGAUGGCAAAGACGGGCACUCGUUCCUGCACCAGGGCGAGCUCAACGCGGGGACGAACCACAAGGCGGCCUCGUUCGAGACUCACGGGCGGGGCAACGACGGCUCGCUCGACUGCUGCAUCCGCGUGGAGAUUGACCAGCACGACAAAGAAGGCAAGACGGAGCCGUACGGUCUGACGAUCCCCGCUCUCAACUACGAGCCCGGCAAGUACGGAACCAACGGAUACGGCCUCCACCUGCAUCGGCACCGAAGCCGGCCGGACACGGCGGUGAGCACGACGGUCCCGAGCCGCGCCGCUUCUCUAGGGACGUGAUUAUCGACUGAGUGGGGCAGCGCGGGACAGGGUCAUGGUUGGCGCGGAUAUGCUCGUUUUCGCAUCACGUAAUCGGUAGCUACCUCGGCAGUAGGCGAGAAGGAAGGGGGAGAUAGCGAAGCGGCCGGUUUCGACCUGCGGGUGCGCCGGCUUGGCGGUGAUUGGCCGAGAGGAGACGG